UAUGAGAUGAAGCAUUCGCCCGAGUCCGAGUCCUGAUUCUUGACGCUCAUUGGCUAGGAGGAGGAGAAUCUUAGUAUCUCUAUAUUCGCUUCGCUAGGCGCUAGGCGCUAAGACGUUCUCAGAGGAUUUGGGCCUCGAUAUUGCCUAAUCGGGAAGUCAUGUACCUUUGUACGUUUAGUAUAUAACGACUGCUUAGUCGCCCGCCCGGCGAUGACCGCCCACAAACACCGACGGCCACAUUUCGAAAGACCGACAGCGACUGCCCGCCAUGGCCGACGAAGAGGAUAUCAUCAUCGAUGUCCAAGGCUAUCUGAGCAUUACCGACAUGCCGGCCUACAACCCUCCAUACCCUCCUCACGCCAACACCGGCAUUCCCCUCCGGCCUCUCGCCGCCGCCGCCGCCACCCCAGCACCCCCUCCGCCAUCUGGGUGGGAGGCACCGUCCUCCUGGGACAUCAUCCGCCGCCUCUCCUUCAACCCGUUCUCAGCACCACCCCCAGCCACGGUCCCAGUCCCCCAGCGCCCAGCACCAACUCCCCCAGCACCAACUCCCCCAGCACCAACUCCACCAGCACCAACUCCCCCAACUGCCUGCACCCCUUCUCCCUCCGCCGCCCCUUGCACCCCUUAUCCUCCACCACCUCCCCGAACCCCGAGCCCGGCUCACCCCCGCCCGUCCGCCUCCACCCGCCGCACGAACGCCGCCGAUGUCGCCCGCCAAAUGGCGGCUCUCCACGUCUUGAAUCGGUUCGCGUCCAACCGCGAGGCCGCUGAUGCAUCCGACGCCGCCGCAUCGGCCUUCUCCGCUCACACCAUCGCAUCGGCUCCCGACCCGGCCGCAGCCGAAGAAGAAGCCACCGAAGCCGAGAAGGCCUUCCACCGCGAGCUCGCCCUCUCCAUGCUCGAAGGAAACACACUCGCCUGGCCCGAUGGACGCCCCGUGACCCGCGACGGAGGCCCCCUGCGCAUCGCGGGCCUGGUCGCACUCGCCACUGGAGAGCCCGAGGAGUCCGAACAGUCGUGGGCGGAUUGGUCCAGGGAGAAUCGCUGGUGGUUACCAGUUGUGUGGGGUGGUGGUGGUGGCGAUCCCAACUUCCGCUACUUUGAUCAUGGCUUUGAGGCUGGUGCCGAGCCGGCUUGCUUUGCCUGGGGAUGCUGGUACUGCGACUGUGGCCCGGGCUGCUGCAAUGGUGGUGGCAGAUCCGCCAGGAACAGGCGCGCGUGGACGCCGGGAAACUUGGAUUGA